GAGAGAGCGUGAGAGCCCAAAGCUAACGACAUGUCCCUGUGGGGAGCAGUGCCUCUGCACCCCAGAGUGAGGAGGACACAGGGGUCAGAGGUGGCUGCCGGGCAGGCAGAGGAGGGACCUGCCGAGGGGGUGGGCUGGCGACCUGGUGGCCCGGGAGCAGUCAGGAAGGGAAGCCGGCUGGUGACCGGAGAACCCAAAGGCGUCUGGGGCUGCGAGGAGAGCCCAGAAGACUGCAGCCAUGCCUCACAGCUCCGACAGCAGCGACUCCAGCUUCAGCCGCUCUCCCCCUCCUGGCAAACAGGACUCAUCUGACGACGUGAGGAAAGUUCAGAGGAGGGAAAAAAAUCGCAUUGCUGCCCAGAAGAGCCGACAGAGGCAGACACAGAAAGCCGACACUCUGCACUUGGAGAGUGAAGACCUGGAGAAACAGAACACCGCUCUGCGCAAGGAGAUCAAGCAGCUCACAGAGGAGAUGAAGUACUUCACGUCGGUGCUCAGCAGCCACGAGCCCCUGUGCUCCGUGCUGGCCGCCAGCGCGCCCUCGCCCCCCGAGGUGGUGUAUAGCGCCCACGCCUUCCACCAGCCUCACGUCAGCUCCCCGCGCUUCCAGCCCUGAGCUUGUCCAGAGAUGGGGGGAGAGCAGAGCCGACACCCCCAGGCCCCGGCUGCUCCGCAGGCCUCAGGAGGGACACACAGACUGUGGCCAGGUGGCCCUCGUCCCCCAGAGGCCUCUCUCCACCUGGAGAUGCGGAGGCAGGGGCCUUGACAAGGACUGAACCCAGGACUGGAGCAGGAAGUGGGUGAGGCCUCCUGGCGGGGUGGCAGCCCCUCAGCGCGUGCUGGACACCCAUGCUGGGUGGGAGGCCCAACCCAGAGCUGUCCCGGGUACGACGCACAAGCACCACAGCACAAGAGAGAGGAAGCAGGGAAAGGUUAUUUUUCUAAAUAAAUGUCUUAAAAAAGAAACCCGUUUGGCAAGGCUGUUUCCCUGCAAACCUUAAACUCUGUGGGGCUGGGGCCUUUUUUGGUUCUUGGCCUUCAGAGCCCUUAAAGCUCUGGAGACCCCGCUACGAUCUCUCCUUUUCCACUGUGUUAACCUACUGGGUGAGCUGGGGUUUUCAAAGACUCUUCCAUCCUCCCUCAGGCCAUCUUCUUGAUUUUCCUCCCCACAUCACCUCCCCAGCGCCUCCCCUUCCCUUCCUCCUGGCCCCAAGCUUUCUAGAUUGUCAGUGGGUCAUUCUUUCAUCACGAAGAAGGACGAGGGCAAGAUGCCAUUCAUAGCAACCGUCAUUCCGGUCGAUGCUCCCCCAUCCCACCCAUCCACACGAUGACACUUCCUCGGCUCCGUCCAGCAGCCUGCCCUGGCUGUGCGGUGUGCCAUCACGGUGCCAGCCCCCGGUAACACAAGGGCAACCCCUCAUGGAAGGCAGUGCUUUCCUCAUGCCUUCCUGGGCAACAUGUGGCUUAGGGUCACAGACACGUUCCUGCUGAAGCCCUCCCCCGGAGCCGUGACAGAGCACACGCUGGCCUGCCUCCAUGAGGCUCCGCAGGCCCCCGCUUUGAGCACAGUUGGAGGGUAACACAGGGUUGCCUUCAGAACUUCAAAUUCACUGUAUUGACUGAGCCUGAAACCAGUGUGCUCCAGUUCCCCUGCUCCAGUGUCCCCCAGCUCCUCAGAGACCUCCAGGCCAAGUGACCACUGGCCUGCAUGCUCCACACCCCUGCCCAAGAGCAAUGGCAGGGACCCCCACACAGCCCCUGCUGAGCCAGCUGGGGACAAAACCCACAGGGAGGCGCCUGAUUCAGCCCCUUCAGCAGCUACCCUCUGUCUCAUCCCUUGAUCCUUCAAAGGCACGGCCACUGCCCGCUGUCUCCCUGCCGGCCGCUGUCUGGGAUGUGGUGACCAGAUGGAAACGAGGGGAGCAGGGCGGGGGGUUCCUGUGCCAGAACCUCCUCAACCAGGAUCAACAGUUCUGGUUGGUUGGAGGCAAGGUCUCAACUCUAGACCCUCUCCUGCCCAAAUCUCCCUGCCUCAUGGAAUGAUGCCAGCGUUAAGCUAGUGGAAUGAUUUUCAACCGGUGUGCCAUGAGAAUUUUUAAAACAUGCAAUCCCUGACUA